AUGGCCUCUAGAAACAGGACUGACGUGACUGAAUUUGUCCUAUUGGGACUUUCCAGCAGGCAAGAAAUGCAGCCAGUUGUUUUUGGGAUUGUCCUUGCCAUGUACUUGGUAGCAGUUAUGGGAAAUUUUCUAUUAGUUAGUGUUGCCCUCUCGGACCCCAAGCUUCAGACCCCCAUGUACUUCUUGCUCAGCCAGCUUUCCUUCAUUGACAUCUUUCUGACGACUAUCACCAUUCCCCAGAUGCUGGUGCAUACAUUGUCUGCCAACAGAACCAUUUCCUUUAACUGCUGCAUGACCCAGCUGUUCUUCUUUAUGGCUGUGGGAAGUAUGGAAGGUCACUUGCUGGCUGCCAUGGCCUACGACCGCUAUGUUGCCAUCUGCGACCCUUUAAGAUAUUCUGCCAUUGUGAGCCGCCACCUCUGUCUUCGCAUCACCUUGACCUCCUGGGUGGUUGUCAGUCUCAACAGCCUGCUCUAUUGCGUGCUGGUCACCCGUUUAACCUUCUGUGGCAACCAAAUCACUCACUUCUUCUGUGACAUUACGCCUUUGCUGAAGCUUUCCUGCACCCGGCCCGUGGUCAAUGAAAUGCUCAUAUUCACCGAGGGCGUGGCGGUGGUCAUCAGUCCCUUCUUCUUCAUCUUGGGCUCCUAUGCCCGCAUCGGUGCUGCCAUAGCCCGCAUGCGCUCAGCCGCUGCCCUGCGCAAGGCCCUGUCUACUUGUAGUUCCCACAUCGUGGUGGUGGUGCUCCUGUAUGGCACAGUGACGCGCAUGUAUCUCAAGCCCUCUUCCAGCUACGACUUGAGUCAGGACCGCCAGGUGGCCAUCUUUUACACGGUAGUUAUCCCGAUGCUCAACCCACUGAUCUACAGCCUAAGGAACCAGGAUGUUAAGAGAGCACUGAGAAGGCUUUUCAGGAAACUGCCUUUCUGGAAACUUCCAACCUAA